UAACAUCCUUUCCAAAGAUAAUAAAUCAUUAGCAGAACGUAACCCGGUCAUAAGGCAAAGUUUGGUCGUCAUCGGCACGACGCUCCUCUCCCGGCGAGAUGAUGAGAUUAGCAGUAUUAACAGUGCUUUUGGCACUGACACAGGCACAGAAACAAAAUACUUUAGUGCUAGUGGACACAUUAGCAACUCGGGAGACCCAUUCUAUCUUCCUGAAGUCACUUCAAGAACGUGGCCAUGAAGUUACCGUCAAAGCUGCUGAUGACCCAUCACUCCAGCUGUCCCGAUUUGGGGAAUAUAUCUAUCAAAAUUUGGUGAUUCUUGCUCCAGGAGUAGAAGAAUUUGGUGGGGCUCUCAGUGUUGAGGCUAUUGUUGAGUUCAUUGAUGGCAGUGGGAAUGUCCUGGUUGCUGGGUCUCGAGAAGCUGCUGAUCUUAUCCGUGAGCUUGUGACAGAGGUUGGUGUGGAAAUGGAUGAAGAAGGAGCAGCUGUCAUUGACCAUUUGCACUAUGAUGCAAAUGAUGAUGGGCAGCACACCCUCAUUGCUGCACCAAAUACUGGACUGAUUGACUCAGAAGUUAUGAUUGGAUCUAAUUCCCAAGUGCCAUUGUUGUAUCGAGGCACAGGCCUGAUCACAGAUGCUGACAACCCCUUGGUUCUACCAGUGUUGAGGGCUCCCUCCACUGCAUAUUGCUAUAAUCCUACACAAUCCAUCACCGACUACCCUCAUGCCACAGGUCAGAAUAUGCUGUUAGUUGCUGCUCUGCAAGCUCGCAACAAUGCAAGAGUGGUUGUUUCAGGCUCACUAGAGUUUUUCUCUGAUGCCUUCAUCAUGGCCUCUGUCCAGACACCACAGGGUAAAUUUUAUGAACGUUCUGGCAAUGGCAAAGUGGUAGAAGCUCUUAGUCGCUGGGUAUUCCGGGAGGAGGGUGUCCUGCGUGUCGUAUCUAUUGAACAUCAUCUUCAGGGAGAUUCUCAACCUCCAGUUGCAUACACAAUCAAGGAACAUGUGGAGUACAAAAUUAUGGUUGAGAGGCUUGUGAAUGGCUCUUGGAAACCAUUCAUGGCAAAUGAUGUGCAGAUGGAAUUUGUUCGCAUUGACCCAUUCAUCAGGUUGACCAUGACGCCCAGCCCUGAAGGGGUUUUCUCAGUCAAGUUCACGGUCCCUGAUGUUUAUGGUGUUUACCAGUUCAAGGUGGAGUACAAUCGUGUUGGUUUUACACGCCUUUACAGUUCUACUCAGGUAUCAGUUCGACCAUUCACUCACCGAGAAUAUGAGAGAUUUAUUGAGUGUGCUUACCCGUAUUAUGCUAGUGCCUUCUCCAUGAUGUUUGGUGUCUGGUUAUUUUCCAUGGUUUUCUUGCACCACAAAGAACCUAUCCCCAAACGUAAGGCUGAAUAAGUUUGCUUGUUUAACCUAACAGAACUAGUUAACUUAACCAUUCCUGCUGUUUCUUUCAGCUGUUGUUUGUGUAGAAAAGAUACACAAGCAUAUUCAUAAUUAUACGUUUGGUAACUAUAGGAUUUUUCAUUAGUCUUAAUAUUGAUAUACUGUAUUUUGGAGCUUGAAUGUAAAUAUAUUGAUGUAAUUUUCAAUAUAUAAUCUUGUGUAAGCUUGUUUUCAUCACCUAAAACUUGGUCUCUUUUUUUUUUAAUAUCACAAUAUAUGGCAAAAGGUACAUAGUUUUGUCUUUGUUAUAUGUGAAAUAAGUUGCAUAUUUCAUCAUGAGAACUUGUAAUUGUUAUCUCUGCUAGUAAAACUACUAGAAAGAAAA